UGCAAUCAUCGUAAACUCUGACCAAACAGCAUUUUUGUUUUGAUUUGUUUUGCGCUUUCCGCGAGUGGUUCGUUUGUUCGUUAUUUCUCCAGUGUUUAAAACUUAAAUUUCAAAAAUCUAAAUCUACGGCGCAUAUAUUAAUUAUUUUGAGAAUGCUAGAAGGCAACAUUUUAUAAGAAACACGAAACACUGUCUGCCACGAAAGAAAACAUGAAAGAGAGAUUGCCCUUUAUUGCCAUAUCCUGCCUCGGCAUUGCACUUUUAGUGGCAAACGUUGCAUCGACUGAUGUUGACGAUAGUGACAUCAUCAACCCCAACUGGGUGAAACCGGGACAUUAUCACCACCAUGGCUCCCGCUCGGAGGAAGCUUCCUGUCCUCCCCCUGUGGUAGAGGAAUGCAAAUGUCCUAUCCUGCCGGAUUGUCCUGUGUUUGACCCGGUUGAAAGCGGUCCCUCGAAACAGGAAGAUCUGCAGAAAACUUUCGUGUAUUACCGGAAGUUUGUUAGGAGAAUUUUCGAUGAGCGAAGGUUACAAGCCGACUUGGAGGAUGAGUCAUUCAUGGUUAGGAAUAUACAGUUCAGGAUAUCCAAGCAACAGGUGGAGAAGUUGAAGGAAGCCCGUACGCCUAGCGAGAUAGACGAUGUCUUGACUGAAAUAGUUGAGCAAUCGAAGGAAAAUGUUUACUACGCCAUGGCUGAGGGUGCUUGCCGCAGUUUAUACUCCUUUAUCGUUGCAACCCAGCAGAAUGGUGUAUUUCUCUACGGUGUGCUUCCUGCGAUUGCGCUCCUUGUGAUCGUGGCGAUAGCGAAACGUUUCAACAUGCGGUGGUGGAUAGUGGCACCAUUGUGCGCUCUGAUCGGAACAUACAUCAUGACAUACCGAGACUGCAACAAUCGACUGGAAUUACAAUCGCUAAUCAAAGUGAUGAAGAGAGGAGAUGAUCAAAGCAACCCCUGCAAACAACUGACUUCUUGGUUCAGCAGUGGCGCCGAGGCUAACUGUAUGGAUUACCUACAGAAUGUACACGGAUUGAAACGCGCUUUUUGUGAUCCUUCGGAGGUUGCCAUUGAAAUGUUAGCCAGACUACCGAUGAAGUACUUUGGGGUCGUCGUGGAUGAGACAAAUUCUAUAAUCGAUUCUGUUUCUUCCAAGUUUGGUUGGAUGAGAACCAUACUUAUGGGGACAUCCAUCAUGGGAUUAAUUUAUACGAUCGUGACGACCUGUAUCCCGUCCUCACUGAUCGCUGGUUUUAAAUAUUGGAGGCUCGACAGACCGGAACCAAGGCGAGCGGAAUCCAUCCAAAAUGCUGGUACGCACCAGCCGUUACCACAGCAACCAAUCAACGUUAACAUCGUAAAUUACACAAGACCUCGUCGCACCACUCCCCGCAGUGAACCAACCCCCAGUAGGAUCGAGGAAAUAAAGGACGGUGCACAGUCGGAAGCUAUGAUCGCACCACCGCCACCAGCCAAAGCAGGAGAAACUGUGACAAAUGUUGAGGAGCACGGGUCCGGAGAUGGGCCUGUGACGGCGACGGAAGUGACUCAACCGACUGCAGUGGAAGAUUGCGACGAGAGUUCCAGCGAGGUUGAAGAUACAAUUUUAAUUCAAGGCCAGUUUCCGGAAGAAAUCCGGCAAGCGAUAGAAGAAAAUGAGCGGAAGAAGUCGAAUGACCAAAGUAAUGCUAGUUAAUUGUGUUUGAUCAAGUAUUUGCAUGUGUCUAAUCCUAUUUACUAUUAUUCUAAAUAUUCUUUUGUAAGCCAACAUAUGUACGUUUAAUGUAUAGCUUGAAAUUUCA